AGCUUCGGUGCUCCGGGGACUUGAGUUGGAUCUGGACGACGUCGCAAAGCUCAGCACCUUUUUUGUCCAUGGCCUCGUGAAACCCUAAUUUUGUUGCCGAGUGUGGAAAUUGAGGCUCUCUCUCUCGCUCUCGUCUUCACGCGCAUUCUCUUCUUUGGCGUUGUAUCUCCGUUGCUGUGUUCACUCCCCACCCCUUCUCCCAUUGCCUCACGAUUCGUCGCUAGGAUUUGAGAAUGGCAGCACGAUUUGCCGCCGCGGGUUUGUUGAAACGGGCGCUGUCGUCCGCGCCCCAGCAGCAGGUGCGAUGCAUGUCGUCGCAGACUCCCAAGCGGAAGGUGGCUGUCUUGGGAGCUGCCGGUGGUAUCGGUCAGCCUCUCGGACUCUUGAUGAAGCUUAACCCCUUGGUGACCGAUCUUUCCUUGUACGAUAUUGCCGGUACGCCAGGUGUGGCCAGCGAUCUCAGCCACAUCAACACCGGUGCUAAUGUGGAGGGGUUUGCUGGAGAACAGGAGCUUGCCAAGGCACUGAAGGGCUGCGAUCUAGUCAUUAUCCCUGCGGGUGUACCCCGCAAGCCCGGUAUGACCCGUGAUGAUUUGUUCAACAUCAAUGCUGGGAUCGUGAAGUCUCUUGCAUCGGCCAUUGCUGAGCAUUGUCCAGGGGCUUUGGUGAACAUGAUCAGUAACCCGGUCAAUUCAACCGUGCCCAUUGCGGCCGAGAUAUUCAAGCAGAAGGGUACUUAUGAUCCCAAGAGGCUUUUUGGUGUCACCACCUUGGAUGUGGUGCGAGCAAGAACCUUUCUUGCCCACAAGAAGGGUCUCAAUGUAAAAGAUGUUGAUGUCCCUGUUGUAGGAGGUCAUGCUGGCAUUACCAUCCUUCCUCUCUUUUCACAGGCCACUCCUAAAGUUGAUUUGAGUGACGAGGAACUCGAGGCUCUCACCAAGCGGACUCAAGAUGGUGGAACAGAGGUUGUACAAGCCAAGGCGGGCAAGGGCUCUGCUACUUUGUCAAUGGCAUAUGCUGGAGCGCUUUUUGCUGAGUCUUGCCUGAAGGGCCUCAAUGGUGCUCCAGAUAUCGUGGAGUGCAGCUAUGUGGCAUCAACUGUUGUUCCUGGCUUGCCUUACUUUUCAUCAAAGGUGCGCUUGGGUCCUAAUGGUAUCGAGGAAAUUCUAGGCUUGGGCAGCCUUUCAGAUUAUGAGCAAAAGGGUUUAGAAGGAUUGAAAUCCGAGUUGAUGUCCUCCAUCGAGAAGGGUGUUAACUUCGUGAAUGUGAAGGCUUGAAGUCGGUAGAAGCAAUGCUCCUCGUGCAUCUGUAGCUCUGAUCUCUGUUAGUGGGUUUUUACAGCGCUCUCGUUACAGCGAUCUGAAUAAGUAGAGUGAAUAAUGUUUCUCCAAUUCUUCGAUUGGACAUCAGUUUACGUAGUCUCGCUCCUAUCUGCCAACUUCAAGAUCUUGUCAUCUUACGGGUAAACUGAGAAAAUAGUGUUUUUUUUUGGUAUCACACGCUGUGGGUUUUAUUAGUCAAAGUCUUGAUACGUACGCCGAGUCGUCUCCGAAUGGAAAUCCUGCUUCCUUGUUGCUUUGUAAUCCCUCCAAUGUUCGAAUUACCUCAAUAUAAUUAUUUCAGUUUUUUGACGCUAGUUGGAAAGCUAAUUAGUUUUGAACUUA